AUGAAUAAAGUAAAGAGAAAGAACACAAAGAGGCAGGAUCACAAAAUCGAAAUGAAAAAAGAUCCCAAAAUAGAAAAAGAGUUGGUAGAAUUCUAUAAAAUGAAUCCAUCCCUAUGGGAUAUACGCCUUGAAGAUCACCACAACAGGGACAACAAGAAGAAACUUCUCGAAGAUAUCUCGAAAAGCACCGGUGUUUCGGUUGAAAAUAUAGUUGGCUGGUGGAAGGGCAUUAGAGACACAUACACCCGUUUGUCCCUGAAAAAAUCCGGCUCGGAAAGAGACGAUCUCCCAUACAAACAAAAGUGGGUGCUGCAAAAUCUGUCGUUUCUAAGUAAUAGACCGGUUCAUAGGAGGACACCUAUCAAGAGUUUAGCAGAGGACAGUCCUGCAGUUGACUUGAAUGCAGCAGAGAGAGAAGCUGUGAGACAGGGGAAGGAUGAUGACUUAAAACGGAAAAGCAAAGGAAAGAAACACAGCGAGGAUGAGGAUAAAGAGAUCACCAUGCUUCAAAAUACAGCGAAAGAGUCUAUUAGUGUCCUUGAGUCGCUAAAGGAAUCCGUCAACAAAGUUGCUGUUAAACGCGAAGAACCGUUUGAUGUUGCCACCUUGUAUGGACGGUAUUUGACACAAGAGAUGAGACAGAUGUCCAAGAGACGUUUUAAGUUAUUCCGUAGGGAAGUUGAAGCAAGUUUGGCAAAGUACAACUCGUCAACCGACUCUGAAGAUGAUGCUAUCAAACCUCUUGCUAAGAAAACAAGCAGUUCUACCUCCUCCACCGUGACUCCAUCCUCAAGUGGUCCUACCAACAGUUUCUACGCCUCUGGAAUGCAUCAAUCUCAUGGUGGUGGCUGGCAGCCUCCGCCUAGCAGAUGGAUCCCAAAUCCACCACAAACAGCAUCUCCCUGGCACAGUCAAGAUGACAGAUAUAUGCAGCAGUAUUUCCAGCAGCAGAGGAAGCAGUUAACUCCCCAGAUGCAUCCAACAUUGCAGUCCCCCAAUCGACGAUCGCUGAUUAAUGUCUCCUAUGGCCAGUCUUCUCAGGGCCAUGAUGACUUAUCUAGGGGUUCUUUACGUCCACCACAAGCUAUCCCUAUAGCCUCUCCUCUGACCCAGGCAUUGCUGUCGUCUGGAAUGGAUAUACUACUUCAGGAGAAGCCUACACAGGAACAUGUGAACAUACCCGCAAUGCCCAGCAACCUACCUGUCCUGGGUGAAGAAGGGCUCAGUAUGGAUGUCUCUCUUGUUGGUAGCACCCGUCCCACAUCUGCUCCAGUUCUGCCUUCUGCUUCGGAUGCUUUUUCCACAUCCGCACCACGUAGUCAGUCAAGUGCUUAGAGACUUAGUGACGACAUGUUCACUGCUCUUGUUUUUAUUUUGUAAAUUUUGUUGUUUACAUCUAAAUUUUUUGUUAUAAAGAUAUUUUCUAAA